AUGCGGCUCGAAGCGGUGCCAGGGAUUACUAACGAUCAGUUGGCCUACUUUGACAAGUGUUUGAGCCUGAAGUGCCAAGAUGAAUGUGAGCCCGAAAAGCUGGAGGGCUGUUUGAAAGAAGCGUUAUCCAACAACGUUCCGGUCCGUCAUCUUAAAUGGUCGUUCCUGGGCGGCAUAGUGAAAACCUUCACUUUCAUUGCAAAACAUCAGAAAGAGAUAAUUGCCAUCGCUUCAGUCAUCGCGGCCGCUGUUCAAACUAUCAUAACU